AUGUCCGACAUUCCCUCUCCUGACCAAGAACAAUACCCCUCUCCCACCCUGCAAAACCAACAGCAGGAUUCGGACCUUCUCACUUUGAGAGCCCUGGUUUCCACCAAGGAAGCCGGUGUUAUCAUUGGUAAAAAUGGCAAAAAUGUUGCUGAGCUCAGGGACGCAACAGGUGUCAAGGCUGGCGUAUCCAAAGUUGUCCAAGGCGUCCAUGAUCGAGUCUUGACUGUUGUCGGUUCUCUCAACAGCGUUGCCAAGGCUUACGCCCUGAUUGCCCAAACACUUCUCGAUAACCCACUCUCCAGCCCUCCAGCCUCACCUACCGAGGUGAAGCAAGGAGGUGUAGCCUCGAUCCGUUUGUUGAUCUCGCAUAAUCUGAUGGGAACUGUCAUUGGCCGUCAAGGAGUCAAGAUCAAGCACAUUCAAGACAUGUCCGGAGCGCGCAUGAUUGCAUCCAAGGAGAUGUUGCCUCAGUCAACUGAGCGUGUGGUCGAGGUGAAAGGUACUGUUGAAGCAUUACAAAUCGCUUUGACCGAAAUUGGUCAGUGCUUGGUAGACGACAAGGAACGUGCGUUUGGAACCGUCCUUUACAACCCCACCAAGGCGACUCAAUUCAGCAACGGUGACGGUCGACGUUCAUCCAUUACUCGUACUGGAAACGGAUCCGACUUCAGCAAUCCUUCCGGUGGUUCAUCUGAGCGACGUUUGUCAACUUCAUCACAGACUUUGGUCAACGAUCCCAACUUGAGAACUCAAAACAUUGCUAUCCCAAGCGAUAUGGUCGGUUGCAUCAUUGGCAAGGGUGGAUCCAAAAUUUCAGAGAUCCGUAGACUGUCUGGUUCACGUAUCAGCAUUGCCAAGUUACCACACAAUGAAGCCGGCGAGCGCAUGUUCACCAUUCAAGGCACUGCUCAAGCCAACGAACGUGCAUUGUACCUCCUCUACGCACAACUUGAGUCUGAGAAAGAACGACGACUCAAGGCUGCUCAGGAAGAUGAAUUGGACGCCAACUAA